AUGAACUACGGCCUAAAAUUCUCGCGGAUUUUCCUAACCUCCCUAGGUCCUCGUGUCGCUCCGUCGACCUCGACUCUCGCCUCUGAUUUUACUGCUGAAGUUGCAAGUUACGGUGAAAAAUGUACGACGCCCCCAAUUGAUGCCCAUGCAAACAGCGACCUCCGGAGUCUACCCACAGCAAAUACUGCAGAAAAAAAACUUCUACUUAAAAUUGACCUUCACAUCCUUCCUUGUCUCUGCAUACUUUAUGCCCUUGCCUUUCUCGACCGUGUUAAUAUCGCGAAUGCUCGCUCAUUCGGAUUGUUCGAUGACCUAAAGCUGUACGGUAACCGAUUCAAUACUGCUCUUACUAUUUUCUUUGUACCAUAUAUUUUAUUCGAGAUCCCCUCCAACAUCUUCCUAAAGCAUUUCAGCCCUAGGUACUGGAUAUCUGGCUGUAUGUUUAUGUUUGGAGCUGUUACUUUCUGCCAAGGUUUUGUGCAGAGCUAUACAGGUCUACUUAUUACCCGCUUUUUACUCGGAUUUUUCGAAGCAGGUAUGUUUCCGGGCUGUUUCUAUCUCAUAGGAAUGUGGUAUAAACGUACUGAAGCUCAGCGACGUUUUUCCUUCUUCUUCAACAGCACCUGUCUUGCCGGUGCCUUCGGGGGGCUAUUAGCCUCUGCUAUUGGUAAGAUGGACGGUCUUGGAGGAUACCACGGCUGGCGCUGGAUCUUUAUUAUUGAAGGACUCCUCACGACGAUUGCUGCAAUCGUAGGACUUUUUUUUAUUCCAUCCUUUGUGGAGGACAGUUCCUGGCUUUCACCUGAUGAGAAAGAACAAGUGAAAGACCGUAUACGAGCGGACCAAUGCUUAAUGUAUAUAUCAAUGGUCGUUCCAGCCUACGGCUACGCAUUUUUCGGGCCAGCAAUCAUAUCAACAUUCAAAUUCUCUCCUAUCGCUACACAACUUCAUAGCGUGGCUCCAUGGGCAUGUGCAUUUGUGUUCUCCAUGACUAUCGCUUCAGCCUCCGACUUCAUCAAGCACAGACUUUUCUUUGUUAUAUUCUCCAUCAUUCUCGCCAUUUCUGGGUUUGUAGUUCUUCUUUCUAUUCACAAUAACACCAGUAUUCAGUUCGGCGGCCUCUUCCUUAUCACAUCGGGAGUCUAUUCAGCCAUGCCUCUUAUAAUUUGUUGGUUUAAUAUGAAUCUUGGAGGCCACCUUCGACGAGCCGUUGGAUCAGCAUGGCAAAUCGGUUUUGGUAAUAUCGGUGGAAUAGUUGCUACCUAUGCUUUUCUACCAAAGGACGCCCCAAGUUACACACCGGGCUAUGCUAUCUGUCUUGGAUUCUUAGUUCUCGGAAUAUUCAGCUGCUGCGUUUACGCUUUGAUUAUUCAUUUAGAAAAUGAGCGGCGAAACCGAGCCCUUCUGGCUCCUAUAUCCACAGGCGUACGGGAAAAUGAUAUAGGUGACAAAAGUCUUGAAUACAGAUAUUUACUUUGA